AUGGUUUUGACGAAUGGCUUAGAGAACCUUUCAUUGCUUCUUCACUUGCAGAUAGAAAAUUGUCCAAAUCUAAAGGAAUUGUCAAAGGGUGUAGGACAUCUCUCAUCUCUUCAACACUUUGUAAUUAGGGAAUGCCCUAAGCUCAUGUUUUUAUCAGAAGAGAUGCAAUACUGGACAUCGCUGCAAACACUCAGUGUAGUUGCUUGUGCAAACCUAAGGGAUCUGCCAAAGGGCAUUACGAAACUUACAUCACUUCAAGAGUUGGAGAUCAAUGGAUGUGAUUUUUUGGUCUCCUUGCCAGAAGAGAUGCAGCAAAUGAAGUCGUUACAAUUACUAAAGAUUGAGCGGUGUUCACAUUUGAGGGCUUUACCUGCCAGCCUGGGCAACCUCUCAUUGCUUCAAGUACUGGAAAUUUCAAGUUGCAAUAGCUUGAUGUCUUUGCCGGGAGAAAUGCAGAACUUAAAAUCACUAGACAGACUGAAGAUACAAGGCUGUGAUAAUCUGAUAUUACCAGAGGAAAAGGGAAACCCCUACACCCUUCGUGUGUUGGCUAUUAUUGGUUGUCCUAAUCUAGAAGUUCUACCAGGGGACUUAGGAAACCUCCAAAACCUCCGUCUAUUGGAAAUAACUGAUUGUUCCAGUCUAACAUCUCUACCAAGGGGCUUGGGAGAGCUCUCAUCACUUGGAUCUCUGUACAUCCAAAGAUGCCUUAAUCUGACAUUGUUCCCUGACACUUUGCCUCACAUGACAUCCUUACGAGUACUUUGGUUGAUCGAGUGUCCCAAACUAGAAGUUUUGUCCAGCGGGUUGAGAUCUCUGUCAGCACUUGAGAAGUUGACCAUAUGGGGAUGUCAUAAACUCAUCAAGCUUUUUCCUGGGGAGGACUUCUUGGGGAUUCAAGCCCUGAACUCAUUACAAGAGCUGAUCAUUUCGAAUUGUUCAAAACUACAAACCCUUCCAUAUGGAUUGGAGAAUCUCCCGUCACUUAAAGUGCUGGUUAUUUGGAAUUGCCCCGAAUUGGAGUCUUUUGAGAAUGUGAUGCUACAGCUGAAAGAGAGAAAGUUACAAAAAUUGAACAUAGAACACUGUCCUUACCUAGAGAUCAUAGAUGAUGCAUCUUAA